AUGGCUUCACCGGGGAGGAGCAUCUUGAUCCUGUAUGGAUCCGAGACUGGGAAUUCCCAGGACAUAGCUGAAGAACUGGGUAGCCUAUGUCAGCGCCUACAUUUCAAAAGCCACGUAGAAGAGCUAGACGCUGCCGAUCUGAAUUCACUCUUACAGCAUCAGUUUGUCAUAUUCGUCAUCUCAACUACUGGACAAGGGGAUAUGCCCCAUAACUCCCUACUCUUCUGGAGGAAACUCUUGCGGAAGAAGCUGCCUCCCGGUUGUCUAAGUCAAAUUCGGUAUACCUGCUUCGGCCUAGGAGAUAGCACAUACUUGAAGUUUAAUUGGGCAGCUCGCAAGCUUAUUCGCCGACUGGAACAACUGGGGGCGAAUACCUUCUUCGACUGCUUCGAGGCUGACGAGCGCUUUGACGACGGGAUAGAAGGCGCUUUCUCAUCUUGGGCCGGCAAGCUUUAUGAUCAUCUACUAGAGGAGCAUCCUCCUCCGACUGGCCGGGCUCCCAUAUCCGAUGAUUCUAUAUUACCACCAAAGUGGUCGCUUUCGCCUGCGUUGAGCCGCAGCAGCACCGGCUCGGCCAAAAUUAUUUCACAUUCGGACAUAGACGUGCCACCUCCAGGACCUCUCCCAAUACCAGAUGGGUGGGAAGCUACCCUUGCUGAUAGCAAACGUAUGACGCCGCUCUCCCACUGGCAGGAUGUUAGACUUCUCGGGUUCGAUGUGCCUUCCCGUGCUGCCGGCCAGAAACUGGCGUGCAAUCCCGGCGAUUGUUUGACAAUUUAUCCCAAGAACUUUCCCGAAGAUGUUCAGAAGUUGAUCACACUCAUGAGCUGGGAGUCUGUCGCUGACCAGCAAAUCGACCUUUCGGCUUGUCCCGCCCUCCCACGAAACCUCCACGCCUCUCAACCGUGUACCAUUCGCCAGCUCCUCCUUGAAAACAUAGACUUCAACUCGAUCCCUCGCCGGUCCUUCUUCAAGAGCAUGUCCUAUUUCGCGACUGACCCUAAUCACAAAGAGAGACUACUCGAGUUCACCAAAACCGAUUUCCUUGACGAGUACUUUGACUACGCCACGCGCUCUCGGCGGACGAUCCUCGAAGCUCUCGACGAAUUCACCUCGGUCAAGAUCCCUCCAGAACGCCUUCUUGACGUCUUCCCUCUCAUCCGUGGCCGUGACUUCAGCAUCGCCAACGGAGGAGCCCUCUUGGCCCACCCCACCGGCGAUGAGAGCAUCACCCGGGUAGAGCUCCUGGUCGCCCUCGUCCGCUACCGCACCAUCCUCCGCAAACCACGCCAGGGCCUCUGCUCCCGAUACCUCGCCUCCCUGCCCCCCAAUGCCAGCAUGCGUGUCGGCUACAAGCCAGUCCUCACGCCCAUCCACGGUGCCCAAAACGCCCAGCGCCCGCUCGUCGCCAUGGCCACGGGGACCGGCCUCGCCCCCGUGAGGUGUCUCAUCCACGAGCGGCUCACACACCCCAACCCGGGACCCAUGCUCCUCUUCUUCGGCAACCGGAACCGCUCCAAGGACUUCUUCUUCGAGAAGGAGUGGGAUGAUCUGAGCAAGGAUGGCGGUGGUGACGAGAAUGCGACCCUGAUUGUAUUCACCGCUUUUUCCAGGGACCAGCCGGAUAAAGUCUACAUCCAGAAUAUCCUCCGGCGAGAGGCCGACACCGUCAACGACCUCAUCCCCAGGAAUGCCAUCUUCUCCAUCUGCGGUGGCUCUACAAAGAUGGCCGAUGCUUGCAAAGAGACCGUUUUCGACGCGUUCAGGAGGAGCGGUGAAGAGCCAGACCGGGAGAAGCAGCUUGAAUCAUUGACUUGGUGGCAGGAGAUUUGGUAG